ACUUAAAAAAAUUUUCGAUAACCGAAACGUCGCUUGGGGAAAACAAAUCGGUAAAAUCAUCGGAUUUCCUGGUUAAAAAGGCGUCCACCUCCGCCGCAGAGCAGUCCUCAGCUAUGGAGAAAUCUCCGAAUUGGCUGGAAAUGCCUGACGAGCUGAUGGCAAAUAUUCUUCAACGAUUGUUUGCUGCAGAAAUACUCAACAGCGCUCGGAAAGUAUGUACAACUUGGCGGAAAAUUUGCAGUAAACCCGAGAUGUGGAAGGUUAUCUUUAUGCACAAAUCGGUUGAUGAUUGGGAAGGGGAUUACCAUUUCGAGAGGCUGACUAAGCAGGCAGUCGAUCUCAGCUGUGGGGAACUGAUCGGUAUCAGUAUCAAGGGGUUUGGGACCGACGAACUCCUUAAUUACGUUGUGCUACGUAAGCUGGAUUGUCUUUUCCUUUCGAGCUGCUAUGAUAUCACGGGCAGUGGGUUGAGUCAGGCAGUCAAAAGGGCACCACAGCUGGAGAAACUUUAUAUUUCUAGCAUCUCCAUCAACACACAAAACAUUGAAGUUAUCGGACAGAAUUGCCCUCAGCUCAAGUCCUUCAUGGUGAGCACAGAGUUCAUCAGGACAUUCAUCAACUGUGAUGACAAUGCUCUUGCCAUUGCGAAUAAUUUGCCUGAGUUACGCCGUUUGAAGCUGUUUGAUAUGGAUAUGACAAACAUCGGACUCCAGGCCAUUCUUAAUGGAUGCCCACACCUUGAAGUUCUAUCCGUUCGUAUGUGUUAUGACCUUAAUCUUGAUGAGAAUUUAAGAAGUCUCUGCAUGGAAAGGAUCAAAGAUUUUAAGUUUUUUCUUGAAAUUCAAGACUUUGAUUAUGAUGAUUACGGGCUUUCUUCUAGGGAUGUGGACCUGUUUCCUGAUUACAGUGAUUGAAUCUCUGUUGGUGAUCCAGAUUCAUCGUCAGUUAUGCAAAGUUGUUAUUGCUUCUAUGUUUUUGGUAAUUUUGUGAUCUUUUUGAGUUGCACACAUCAUUUUGCUUUAUUGAAAAGGGUUACUUUCAUCUAAUUUCUGUUAGAAACGCGGUGCC